AUGACGGCGUCCUUCCUCGUGGAGGAGCUCGCGACAGCACCUUCGACGGAGGCCGCACACCGGCUCGUCCACGAGCUGCGGCUACUGGCCAAGCACGGGUCCGACAACCGCGCCUUAGUGGCGGAGGCCGGCGCAAUCCCCCUGCUCCUCCCGCUGCUCCGGUCAGCCGACGCUGGGCUACAGGUCAACGCCGUGACCGCGCUGCUCAAUCUGUCGAUCUUGGAGGCCAACAAACGGCGUAUCAUGCACGCGGACGGCGCCGUCGACGGCGUCGUCCACGUCCUAGCAGAGGGCACCACGUGGCGAGCAAAGGAGAACGCCGCCGCCACCGUGCUCAGUCUCUGCUCCGUCCACUCCUACCGUCGGCGGCUCGCGCGGCACCCCCGCAUGGUGGAGGUGCUGGUGCAGAUGGCGCGCGAUGGCCCCGCCAGCGCGAAGAAGGACGCCAUGGCCGCCAUCCUGAGCCUUGCCGGGGACCGAGAGAAUACCGGGCGCCUGGUGGAGGGCGGGGUAGUGGCAGCAGCGCUGGAGACCGCGGGAGAACCCGAGGUCGCGGAGGAGGCGUCAGCGGUGCUGGCGGCGGUGGCGAGGAGGGGCGGGGCGGAAGCCGUGGCGGAGGCGGAGGGGGCGGUGGCCCGGUUGGUCGGGGUGCUUCGGCGGGGUUCGGACUGGGCGAGGGAGAGCGCGGCGGCGGCGCUGGUGGCGGUGUGCCGACGAACGGGGGCGUCGAUAGUGGCAGAGCUGGCGGCGGUGCCGGGGAUCGAGUGGGUGAUCUGGGAACUGAUGGGGGCGGGGACGGAACGGGCGAGGCGGAAGGCGGCGGCGCUGAGUCGAAUCUGCCGGCGGUGGGCGGCUGCAGUCGAGGCGGAACGCACGGCCAGGUUCUCUGCUAUGAGCGUCACAGCGGCCUCCACUACGGUCGCAUAA